UUGCCAAAGAGAGAGAGAGAGUGGAGAACCGGAGAGCAUUCAUGAAACUGCGGAGGCAGCAGCAGAUUGAGCGCGAGCUGAAUGGGUACCGCGCCUGGAUAGACAAAGCAGAGGAAGUCAUGCUCGCUGAAGAAAAUAAAAAUGCCGGGACGUCAGCCUUAGAAGUGCUUCGAAGGGCAACCAUCAAACGGAGCCGGACGGAGGCCAUGACUCGAGACUCCAGUGAUGAGCACUGUGUUGACAUCUCCUCUGUGGGCACACCUCUUGCCAGAGCCAGCAUCAAAAGUGCAAAGGUCAAUGGGGCCUCCUAUUUCCGGCACAAAGAAAGGCUUCUGCGCAUCUCUAUCCGCCACAUGGUUAAAUCCCAGGUGUUUUACUGGAUUGUGUUGAGCCUUGUGGCUCUCAACACUGCCUGCGUGGCCAUCGUCCAUCACAACCAGCCCCAGUGGCUCACCCAUCUCCUCUACUAUGCAGAAUUUUUGUUUCUGGGACUGUUCCUCUUGGAGAUGUCCCUGAAGAUGUAUGGCAUGGGGCCUCGACUUUAUUUUCACUCUUCAUUCAACUGUUUUGAUUUUGGGGUCACAGUGGGCAGUAUCUUUGAAGUGGUCUGGGCAAUCUUCAGACCUGGUACAUCUUUUGGAAUCAGUGUCUUGCGAGCUCUCCGGCUUCUAAGAAUAUUUAAAAUAACCAAGUAUUGGGCAUCUCUGCGAAAUUUGGUGGUCUCCUUGAUGAGUUCUAUGAAGUCUAUCAUCAGUUUACUCUUCCUCCUCUUCCUCUUCAUCGUUGUCUUUGCUCUCCUAGGAAUGCAGCUGUUUGGAGGCAGGUUUAACUUUAAUGAUGGGACUCCUUCGGCAAACUUUGACACCUUCCCUGCAGCCAUCAUGACUGUAUUCCAGAUCCUAACAGGGGAGGACUGGAAUGAGGUGAUGUACAAUGGGAUCCGUUCCCAGGGUGGGGUCAGCUCAGGCAUGUGGUCAGCUAUCUAUUUCAUUGUGCUCACCUUGUUUGGAAACUACACACUGCUGAAUGUGUUCUUGGCCAUUGCUGUGGACAAUCUGGCCAAUGCCCAAGAGCUGACCAAGGAUGAGCAAGAAGAAGAGGAGGCUUUCAACCAGAAACAUGCAUUGCAGAAGGCCAAGGAGGUCAGCCCGAUGUCUGCACCCAACAUGCCCUCUAUCGAAAGAGACAGAAGGAGAAGACACCACAUGUCGAUGUGGGAGCCACGCAGCAGCCACCUGAACGCUUUGGGAACAAACAAGGGGCGAGACAUCAAGACCAUCAAAUCUCUGAGGGUCCUCCGAGUUCUUAGGCCGCUGAAGACCAUCAAGCGCUUGCCCAAGCUCAAGGCUGUCUUCGACUGUGUGGUGACCUCCUUGAAGAACGUCUUCAACAUCCUCAUUGUCUACAAGCUCUUCAUGUUCAUCUUUGCUGUCAUUGCAGUCCAGCUCUUCAAGGGAAAAUUCUUUUAUUGCACAGACAGUUCCAAAGACACAGAGAAGGAGUGCAUAGGCAACUAUGUAGAUCAUGAAAAAAACAAGAUGGAGGUGAAAGGCCGGGAAUGGAAGCGCCAUGAAUUCCACUAUGACAACAUUAUCUGGGCCCUGCUGACCCUCUUCACCGUCUCCACAGGGGAAGGAUGGCCUCAAGUCUUACAGCAUUCUGUUGAUGUGACAGAGGAAGACCGAGGACCAAGCCGCAGCAACCGCAUGGAGAUGUCCAUCUUUUAUGUGGUCUACUUUGUGGUCUUCCCUUUCUUCUUUGUCAAUAUCUUUGUGGCUCUCAUCAUCAUCACCUUCCAGGAGCAAGGGGACAAGAUGAUGGAGGAGUGCAGCCUGGAGAAGAACGAGAGGGCGUGCAUCGAUUUCGCCAUCAGCGCCAAACCUCUCACCCGCUACAUGCCGCAGAACAGACACACUUUCCAGUACCGCGUGUGGCACUUCGUGGUGUCCCCGUCCUUCGAGUACACCAUCAUGGCCAUGAUCGCCUUGAACACUGUCGUGCUGAUGAUGAAGUACUACUCUGCUCCCUGUACCUAUGAACUGGCCCUGAAGUACCUGAAUAUUGCCUUCACCAUGGUGUUCUCCCUGGAAUGUGUCCUAAAGAUCAUCGCGUUCGGCUUCCUGAACUAUUUUCGAGACACCUGGAAUAUCUUUGACUUCAUCACGGUGAUUGGCAGUAUCACAGAAAUCAUUCUGACAGACAGUAAGCUGGUGAACACCAGUGGCUUCAACAUGAGCUUUCUGAAGCUCUUCCGAGCCGCCCGCCUCAUCAAGCUUCUCCGGCAGGGCUACACCAUCCGUAUUUUACUUUGGACCUUUGUGCAGUCCUUUAAGGCCCUCCCUUAUGUCUGCCUUUUGAUUGCCAUGCUUUUCUUCAUCUAUGCCAUCAUUGGGAUGCAGGUAUUUGGAAACAUAAAAUUAGAUGAGGAGAGUCACAUCAACCGGCACAACAACUUCCGGAGUUUCUUUGGGUCCCUCAUGUUACUCUUCAGGAGUGCCACAGGUGAGGCCUGGCAGGAGAUAAUGCUGUCGUGCCUUGGGGAGAAAGGCUGCGAGCCCGACACCACUGCACCUUCGGGGCAGAACGAGAAUGAGCGCUGUGGCACAGAUCUGGCCUACGUUUACUUUGUCUCCUUCAUCUUCUUCUGCUCCUUCUUGAUGCUCAACCUGUUCGUGGCCGUCAUCAUGGACAACUUUGAGUACCUGACUCGGGACUCCUCCAUCUUAGGGCCUCACCACUUGGACGAGUUUGUCCGCGUCUGGGCAGAAUAUGACAGAGCUGCAUGCGGCAGGAUCCCGUAUAAGGAUAUGUACAAAUUAGUGCGGGUGAUCUCACCGCCUCUGGGCCUGGGAAAGAACUGCCCCUACAGGGUGGCUUGCAAGAGGUUGGUCCUGAUGAAUAUGCCAGUAGCUGAGGACAUGACAGUCCACUUCACCUCCACACUUAUGGCUCUGAUCCGGACAGCUCUGGACAUCAAAAUCGCCAAAGGUGGUGCAGACAGGCAGCAGCUAGACUCGGAGCUGCAAAAGGAGACCCUGGCCAUCUGGCCUCACCUGUCCCAGAAGAUGCUAGAUCUGCUUGUGCCCAUGCCCAAAGCCUCUGACCUGACUGUGGGCAAAAUCUAUGCAGCAAUGAUGAUCAUGGACUACUAUAAACAGAGUAAGGUGAAGAAGCAGAGGCAGCAGCUAGAGGAACAGAAAAAUGCACCCAUGUUCCAGCGCAUGGAGCCCUCAUCUCUGCCUCAGGAGAUCAUUGCCAAUGCCAAAGCCCUGCCCUAUCUCCAGCAGGACCCUGUUUCAGGCCUGAGUGGCCGUAGCGGGUACCCUUCGAUGAGUCCGCUCUCCCCCCAGGAAAUAUUCCAGUUGGCUUGUAUGGACCCAGCCGAUGGACAAUUCCAGGAACAGCAGUCUCUGGAGCCAGAGGUUAGUGAAUUAAAAAGCGUGCAGUCCUCUAACCAUGGCAUCUACCUUCCUUCGGACACCCAGGAGCAUACGGGAUCGGGGAGGGCAUCCUCUAUGCCACGCCUGACUAUGGAUCCCCAGGUGGUGACAGAUCCCAGCUCCAUGAGACGUUCAUUUUCCACGAUUCGGGAUAAGCGUUCAAAUUCCUCAUGGUUAGAGGAAUUCUCCAUGGAGAGAAGCAGUGAAAACACCUACAAGUCACGUCGUCGGAGUUACCACUCCUCACUGAGACUGUCAGCUCAUCGCCUGAAUUCUGACUCAGGCCACAAGUCUGACACCCACCGCUCAGGGGGCAGAGAGCGGGGACGGUCGAAAGAGCGAAAGCAUCUUCUCUCUCCCGAUGUCUCCCGCUGCAACUCAGAGGAGCGAGGGACCCAGGCCGACUGGGAGUCCCCGGAGCGCCAGCAGUCCAGGUCUCCCAGUGAGGGCCGGUCACAGACCCCCAACAGACAGGGCACAGGUUCCCUGAGUGAAAGCUCCAUCCCCUCCAUCUCUGACACCAGCACCCCAAGACGAAGUCGCCGGCAGCUCCCACCUGUUCCCCCAAAGCCGCGGCCCCUCCUUUCCUACAGCUCCCUGCUGCACCACACCGGGAGCAUCUCCCCGCCGCCGGCUGACGGAAGCGAGGGCGGCUCCCCGCUCACCUCCCAGGCGCUGGAGAGCACGGAGGCCGGCCUGGUGGAGGCUCCCGGCUCCCGGCUCGGCCAGCAGGGCCAGCACUGCUCCCCCCAGCGCUACAUCUCCGAGCCCUACCUGGCCCUGCACGAAGACUCCCACGCCUCGGACUGUGGCGAGGAGGAGACGCUCACCUUCGAAGCCGCCGUGGCCACCAGCCUGGGCCGCUCCAACACCAUUGGCUCGGCGCCGCCGCUGAGGCAUGGCUGGCAGAUGCCCAACGGGCACUAUCGGCGGUGGCGGCGCGGGGGGCCUGGGCCCGGCGUCAUGUGUGGGGCUGUCAGCGACCUCCUGAGUGACACGGAAGAAGACGACAAGUGCUAGAGGCUGCUCCCCCCUCCGAUGCAUGCUCUUCUCUCCACCGAGUUGGGAAGCCAGUGCUGCCCGGGGGGGAGGAAGAUGGGAGGACACCGUGCAUCAUCAGACGAGAGGAACCAAGGGACACCAGGAAAACCAGGGGCACCCGCCCCAUUGCUUUACUUCCCUUUGCAAGAUGGGCCCUGCCCGUGUGCUGCCUCUUUGCUGGGGACAGGAAAUUUGAGAAGGCGCAGGGGGCUUCCCGUGGCAGGAGGGACGUGAGGAUGGCUUUGCUUCCCCUUGCCCCUUCCCCCUUUGCUGUCAGCUCAGCCGCGGAGGGAUGGAGCUGGCCUGUGUCUACACCCCUUGCCCUGAAAAGCCUGGAAGACUUUCUGGCUCUUCGCUAUGGAGUCGUGGAGACCCCAGCAGAGGGGUCCCCUCCCUCAGCAGCUCUUGCUCCCCGGCCAGCCCCCCUGCCAGGGAGGGCAACCACAAGAGCAUCUCCUGCACACUCCCCUCCGGCUCGCUUCCCCCAGAGAAGUGCAGGCUAAGUGCGGGAGUGUUGGAUGCCAGGGGUCGGAGGCCAAAAAGGAAAAGCUGAAGUGGCAGAAGGGGUCAGGGUGCUCUGGCAGCAGCAGCGAGGGCUGGUCUGGGUGAGCAAAGCCAUAGUCAGGCAGCCGCACCCCAGGGGAGAGGCUCAAAGAGAUGGAGGGAAUGGGGGGGGUGCGGGGAGGGACAGUGCCGUCUCUUUGAAGCCUGUCACCUCAUCAGUAGGUGCUGGGUUAGGAUAGGCCAGGGACGGCCCUCAAGCUCCACUGAGGCUCCGGGAAGGGUAUAUUUGGAAAGCAUUUAACAACCCCUGUGCCAGAGCACUAGCCGGUGUGAGCAGAAGUCCAGCCAGGACUCCGCCAGGCCUUAGCCCUGCAAAUGCUGGUCCUAAGGGAUCCCUGGUGGUGGGGGGCACUUAAGGCAGAGUCUGUUUUCCAUCCAGUAGAGAAGAAUCUGGAACCAGCACAUAGGACCGAAUGUCAAGGUAGACUCUGGGCCAGGAGGCAGUGGGCCUUUCUGCCAAGCAGCGAGGCCCCGAGCCAGAGGCCCAGGCUUCCCUGCCACUCCCUGAGAUGGUAGUGCACACAUACCCAAGGUGGGCCCUCCAUCACUGAGUAGAGACUUCUAGAGCGAGAGGAAAGGCGGCCAGACCGAAAUGUGAAACUUCCAUGAGAGAGUCAGGCUGAGUUCACUGAGGACCUCCUGGGAGGAGGGCCCCUUCCGCAGCUAGUUGGUGAAGUGAGGGUCAGUUUGUCCUGACACUUUGAAGAUGAUUAGUAAAUAUACCUCAGCUGAGACCUGGGCUGCUCCUCCUAGCCACGGAGACUCUGAUGCGACCUCAUCACACAGUGUCAUGAGACGGGGGUUCCCCAUGGCCCUGCGUACUCCCUGGGGCCGGGACGAGGCUUUUUCUCUCCCCAGGGUAGGAGCUGGGCAGAAGACGGCCUCAGGCCACUGUGUCAUUCUUAACCACCACCCCCCCCAAACUCAGAAGCAUGGAGAAAGAGAGAGACUUCCUUGACUAAUCAGUCCUCGCCUUGUAUCGACUGUCCACUUGGGGAAGCACAUCACUCCCUCUAUCUGGUGGAAAUGUCCCAUCCCCUCAACUUCCUCCCUUCUCUCCUCCCAGGGGCUGGAAGGGCCUGCUGGAGAAGGGUGCCAGGCAGGCGUUCCCUUCACAGCCACGAGCAGGCAGGCCGAGCUGGCCUCACAGGCCCCUCCCCUGGCCCGAGAUCCCCGUGGCUGAACACUUUCUCCAUCCUCCUCCAGCCAAGCCAGCCUCCACCUCUUGGGGAGGAGAAGCGAGGGGCUGUUAUUUUUCUUAGAAGGAGCCUCUUUUGACUUCUGGUUUUUUGUCUGUUUUGGUUGAAAUAGAACUAAGGCAUAGUUGCAUCUACCCUGAAAAGCCAAAUACAACUGUGGGGCUGCAGAAUCAUUGCUCACGGCCCUGCCUUCUCUUUUAGAUACUGCUGGAGCUUCAUGACCCCCAGGCAGCCCCCACAUCAAAGUAGGCCCAGGGCAGGAGACCACGGAGGCAGAACAGAAGCCGCCUCCUCCCCGACCUAAUGUCCGUUUUCACUGCGCUCUCCUGCUCACCACUUGUGUGCUCGGGAGUAGCUGCCCCUGUGAACGUGACUAUGUCACACCCUGAUCUGAACAGGCGUGCCCCCCUUUACGGAAGACUCAGACGCUGGGUCUUGUAAUGUUUGAAAGGUUUCCUCUGCCCAGUCAUUUCAUGCCAAAGUGCUGCAGUGGGCUGUUUUCUGUGCACAAAUUUGCUUUCUUCCCCCUCAGAAAUGCAGCUUCCCCUAGGGACAGGCCUACUCCAGGACAGCCGCUCUGAGUCAGCAAGCAAGCCUCUUGCACUGUGGUGUGAGAAAAAGAAUUGAUCUCGUCUGCCAUCUCAACAGGAGGAGGAAUUUAGCCUGGCAGAGCAAUCACCAGAAAUGGGAUUUGCCUGUAAACCACAUUAUGAACACUAAAUUUACUGUGCCAGGAACUCUCCCUGAACUCCUUAAACUCACAUACACACACAAGCACCAGAGUCUCGAAUGCAGUGGUAUCGAGCCUUGCAGAGGCAGUCCCCCGACCAACCACUGGGCUUUUUCUAGAACCAAUGAACUUAGGAACGCUCUUAUUCAAUUUCCCCUGACCAAGAAAUUGGGUUUCUUAUCCCUGAGCCUGCAUUUACCGUUCUAGUAAGACCAGAAAAUAAAAGACAGUUUUCUGUUAA